CAAACCAGAUUUCGGCGGCUAGCACCGCAUGCAGACCAUCAACCUCAACCUCUACCAGAGGAACUUUCUCGUCUCUAGACGCUGACUUACGUCGUUAUCAACUUGCUUCGUUAGCUAAAGGUACGAUUAAAACUUAUAGCAGUGGCGAAAAACAGUUCACGAAUUUCUACUAUCAAUUCCAUUUACAUAAGUAUGUGCCUCUUCUGCCAACAACGGAAAACAUUCUGAUUUACUUUGCUGUUUUUCUCGCUAAGACGGUAAAUCCAGACACCAUCAAAGUCUAUCUCGCAGCAGUACGCCAUAUGCAUUUGGUUAACGGCUACGACCUUCAAAUCACCAAAUUUCAACGCCUACACUAUAUUUUGCGAGGUAUAAAGCGAGUAAAAGGAGUGUCUACAAGAACACGCCUACCAAUUACAUUAGACCAUUUGAAAUUGUUUCACCGCAUAUUACACUCACGGACAUCGCCAACACAUGAUGAAACCAUGAUUUGGGCAGCGAUUUCCAUAGCAUUUUUCGGGGUUUUGCGGAUUGGUGAAAUGACUUGCUCCGGUCCUUAUAAUUCUUCAACAAAUCUUUGCCGAUCAGAUGUAAGUUUUCAUAACAAAAAACGUGGGGAUAACGAGGUUUUUCUGCAACUACGAAUUAAAGCGUCAAAAACCGAUCCGUUUCGAGCCUCAGCCACAAUAACCAUUGGCAGCAAUUCUGGUAUAUAUUGUCCAGUAAGGGCCCUUCAAACCUACCUUUCACGUGCGCCAACGGACUAUGCGGGACCAUUGUUUUGCUACUCAAACGGUGUUCCUUUAUCACGUAGUCAAUUUACUAAGGAACUACGAACACUUUUGGCCCAAGGUGGUCAUCACCCUGCUCACCAUGCAGGCCACAGCUUUAGAAUCGGAGCGGCUACCACAGCUGCGUCCCAAGGUUUGCCUCAUUGGCUUAUUCAAACGCUAGGAAGAUGGUCUUCCGAUUGUUACCUCAGGUAUAUUCGCACGCCAAUCAAUGUCCUUACAGACGUUUCAAAACGAUUGAUUGCAGAGUGA